UUGUUUCUGUGGAUUUCCCUGCUUUCAUCUUUUCCCACAGAGCUCCUUGGACACGUCCACUAUCCUGAUCAACAGCAUCAAUAAAUCUGGAGUCAAAUUUUUGACAAACUACCAAACCUUUUUCUGUUUAACCUGCAGUUUUGUGGAACGCAGAGUUGUUUUUUAAGCUGAAUUUUUCUUCCUUUGUACAGGAUGUCUUGGCCGGCUCUGUACGCUCAGCUGGUUGGUGCAAACCGUCACUCCACUUCCUUGGGGAAAAUCUGGCUCUCAGUGCUCUUUAUUUUCCGAGUCAUGGUGCUGGUUGUAGCUGCGGAGAGUGUCUGGGGUGACGAGCAGUCUGACUUCACCUGUAACACGCUGCAGCCAGGCUGUGAGAACGUCUGCUAUGACCAGUUCUUUCCGGUCUCCCAUAUUCGCCUCUGGAGUCUUCAGCUGGUCUUUGUGUCCACACCGACCCUCUUGGUUUCUAUGUACGUGGCCUAUCGUAACCACUGCGACAGGAGACGACUCCUUCAGAGUUCUGGCCGAGCUGGCAUGCUCAACAACAAGGGACAAGAGGAGGAGCUGGAGACGCUAAAGACGAGGAGACUCCCGAUAGUUGGCGCCCUGUGGUGGACAUACUUCUGCAGCCUGGUGUUUAAGAUGCUGUUUGAAGGCAGCUUCAUGUACGUCCUGUAUGUGGUGUACGACGGUUUCGAGAUGCCCCGCCUGGUGCAGUGCGAUCAGUGGCCCUGCCCCAACCUGGUGGACUGCUUCAUCUCCAGACCUACAGAGAAAACCAUCUUCACCGUUUUCAUGGCUACUGCCUCUUCUAUUUGCAUGGUGCUUAAUUUGGCUGAACUUGCAUACCUCGUCGCCAAGGCUCUCAAUAGGUAGAGACGUUGGUUGGUCAGACUACCCAGUGAUUACCCAGAGAUUUAAUUUCUGCACAUUUUUAGAUUAUAUUGAUUUGUCUUUCUUCGUUGACAACAUGUUGUCCAGAUGGAGAUGAAAUGAGCAACGGGAAAGGUAGAGUUGGGUUUGAAGAAGCCUCAGCAUAUAUGUCAACAUAGAGACUUUUUUUACUGUUGUAAAUGCAGGUAAAUAUGCUUCUAUACUUUAUAUGAGUCCAGAAAUUGUGACCUGAAGAGGACGUCAGCAAUUUAACACUAGAUUUGGACCCAGAAUUGUGUGAAUGAGAAUGCCAAACAAAAUGCCUUUAUAGAGCCAGAGUGCCAUCUACUGGACAAUAAUAAAACUACAUCUACCCAUAGAGGUUCUGAUCUUUAUUCACAGUUUAAUUGAAUCCAGUUGAGCAACUAUCUUGGACUCCAUGGACCACUUUUUUUUCUCCACUUGGUUCACAUCUAAGAGCAUCACAAUUAAGCCUAUAAUGUUUUUUGGGGAUUUUAGAUCAACACAGUGUUGUGCAUUUUUGGUAGUGAAUGGAAAAAGAUGUUUUAAUACUUUUUUUACAAACCAAAAUGUAAAGGAUGCAUCUUGCAGGAUUAUCAGUCCCCUCCAUCUCAUACCUCUCAAUAAAACCCAGAAGUCACCUAAAUAGGAAUUAAGCUGUGUAGUUUAAUCUCAGAAUAAAUGCAGCUGCUCCCUGAAGGUUUCACAAGUUUGCUGGGGAGCGUUAGUGAUCCACAGGAGGAAUCCUCAGUUUAACAGUACAGGGACU